GCCGCCGCCACAGCCACCCUUUCCUCCACUGUCCUCUUCUGUCCUCGCCUUCUGUCGACCAUCAGGUGAGCCUCGCACCAAGAUGGCUGAGCCGCGCCAGGAGUUUGACACCGCGGAAGACCACGCUGAGGGCUACGCCCUGCUCCAGGACCAAGAGGGGGACGCAGAGCACGGCCUGAAAGCGUCUCCCCUGCAGACCCCCGCCGAUGACGGAUCCGAGGAACCCGGCUCUGAGACCUCGGAUGCUAAGAGCACCCCAACGGCCGAAGACGUGACCGCACCCUUAGUGGAUGAGAGAGCCCCCGGCGAGCAGGCGGCCGCCCAGCCCCACACGGACAUCCCAGAAGGAACCACAGCCGAAGAAGCGGGCAUUGGGGACACCCCAAACAUGGAAGACCAAGCCGCUGGACAUGUGACUCAAGCCCGCAUGGUCAGUAAAGGCAAAGAGGGGACUGGAAGCGAGGACAGAAAAGCAAAGGGGGCUGAUAGUAAAACUGGAACAAAGAUCGCCACACCCCGGGGAACAGCCCCUCCAGGCCAGAAAGGCACGGCCAACGCCACCAGGAUUCCAGCCAAAACCACACCCAGCCCAAAGACACCGCCGGGCACUGGUGAACCAGCAAAAUCUGGGGAUCGCAGUGGCUACAGCAGCCCCGGCUCUCCAGGCACCCCUGGCAGCCGUUCCCGCACCCCGUCCCUGCCAACGCCACCCACCCGAGAGCCCAAGAAGGUGGCAGUGGUCCGCACUCCACCCAAGUCACCAUCUUCCACCAAGAGCCGCCUGCAGACUGCGCCCGUGCCCAUGCCAGACCUGAAGAACGUCAGGUCCAAGAUCGGCUCCACCGAGAACCUGAAGCACCAGCCAGGAGGGGGCAAGGUGCAGAUAAUUAAUAAGAAGCUGGAUCUUAGCAACGUCCAGUCCAAGUGUGGCUCAAAGGAUAAUAUCAAACACGUCCCGGGCGGCGGCAGUGUGCAAAUAGUCUACAAACCAGUGGACCUAAGCAAGGUGACCUCCAAGUGCGGCUCCUUAGGCAACAUCCAUCAUAAACCAGGAGGUGGCCAGGUGGAAGUAAAAUCUGAGAAACUGGACUUCAAGGAUAGAGUCCAGUCGAAGAUUGGGUCUCUGGAUAAUAUCACCCAUGUCCCUGGAGGAGGAAAUAAGAAGAUCGAAACCCACAAGCUGACCUUCCGAGAGAAUGCCAAAGCCAAGACGGACCACGGGGCAGAAAUCGUGUACAAGUCACCAGUGGUGUCCGGGGACACGUCUCCCAGGCACCUCAGCAACGUCUCCUCCACCGGUAGCAUCAACAUGGUGGACUCGCCCCAGCUCGCCACGCUAGCCGACGAAGUGUCUGCCUCCCUGGCCAAGCAGGGUUUGUGAUCAGGCCCCCGGGGCAGUCAAUAAUCGUGGAGAGAAGAGAGAGUGAGAGAGUGUGGAAAAAAAAAGAAUAAUGAUCUGGCCCCUCGCCCUCUGCCCUCCCCCGCUGCUCCUCACAGAUGGGUCAACCGGGUCGUCACCUAACCUGCUUUUGUGGCUCGGCUUUGGCUCGGGACUUCAAAAUCAGUGAUGGGAAUAAGAGCAAAUUUCAUCUUUCCAAAUUGAUUGGUGGGCUAACAAUAAAAUAUUUUUCAAAAAACAAAA